AAAAGGCUGGAUCUUUUCAAACCCACCACCGUUAUUCAAAGUUCAAACUCCUCUCAAGUCUCAACCCAAUUCGCAAGAAAGAAGCAAGAGAUUCUCAACCCAUUUUGGCAAGAAAACAUCCAUCCAUCGCGACCUCUCUUCCAUGGCCAAGCUCUACAACAAGAAAGGCAAGGUCCACCCGUCGCCGCCCUCCGUCGCGGACCAGCUGGCCCUCCUCCCCGCGGCGAUCCUGACCCUCGCGGCGGCCCUCGCGCCCGGCGACCGUGAAGUCCUGGCCUACCUCAUCUCGUGCUCCAACCACACUACUAGCCGCCGGGGAGUCGGGAGCGACGGCCGCAAGAACGGGGAGCACGAAUUUCCCGGCGAGGGGGACCACCCCCCGAUGUUCCAGUGCGGCUGCUUCCGGUGCUACAAGAGCUUCUGGUCGCGCUGGGACGCGUCGCCGAACCGCCAGGCGAUCCACGAGAUCAUCGACGCGUACGAGGACGGGCUGUUCCGGAGCAGAGGGAAGGGCUCGAACGCGAAGAAGAAGAAGCAAAGGAAGGGCCGGAACAGGGUUGCCGAUUGCGGUGACGACAGAGCCACGGCGGAAAGAACCGCAACCGCGGAGGACGAAUCGGGCGAGCAGGGGAUCGGCGGCGGCGGCGGCGACGACGAAGCGGAGGCGGCGGCUGCGGCGGCCGGUGGCGGCGCCGGAGAUGGGGAGGCGGGAUCGGAGAGGGGGGCGGUGAGGAAGAUCGCCAGUUUCAUCGGGGAGAGAAUCUGGGGUGCUUGGAACAGGGAAAAUGGGGAACGGUCAAUAUUCUGCAGCUAGCGUUGUUCAACCGCAGAGGACCAGAAAGAAGGCUCGCGGUCGUUUCUUUCGGUCGGAAAAGUUGACUGUUGUGGCAUGAAGGAUGGCUAGGGCGAGGGGGAAGAGUUAGUUCCCACUUGUUUUUUUUUUUUUUAACUUUAUAACUGGUAAUUGCGAAAAAGUUCCAGAAAAUCGACUAGACUAGCUCACGGGCCCGAAGGAAAGAUGUGAAGUAACUAUGGAGGCCGAUGUUGCAUAAAUGUCUGGUUCAUCGGAUAUUGAUGCCAUCUAGACUUCCCUGUUGGAAAAGAUAAAGUAUUUUGCGUGGUGGAUACACCAUGUUAUAGUGAUGAAAUGUCAUCUUACUUUGCGCCUUGUGUGUA